UUCACGCCGUGAGGUCAGCCGUAGUGCUGUUGUAAAGAUAGACCYAAAUUCAACCAAUCAGCGCUGUGAYAAUCCAUCACGUGAUCCGGAUGAGUUGGUGCUUUGGCUCAGGGAAACAACAGAUCGACUUUAGCCCCCGGAGUUCUUUUUCUGGACUGUCAGAGGUUCUCUGAAGAUGGAAUUUUUAGCAGACGUGUCUCUUCUACCAGGAGAGGAAAGAAUUGCAGAGAAAGACAUCAUCUACAUUUGUCCAUUCAGUGGAGCUGUGAAAGGCAAAAUGUUGAUCACCAACUACAGACUCUACUUCAAGAGCUCAGAUGCUGAUCUGAUGGUGACUUUGGAUGUACCUCUGGGCACCAUAUGUAGGGUAGAGAAGAUGGGCGGAGCUUCAAGCAGAGGAGAGAACUCGUACGGCUUGGACAUCACCUGUAAGGACAUGAGAAACUUGAGGUUUGCUCUAAAGCAGGAGGGACACAGCAGAAGAGAUAUCUUUGAGGUCAUCUUCAGAUACGCUUUCCCUCUUUCAUACAAUAUGCCUCUUUUUGCAUAUGUUACUCAGGAGAAGUACACUGAGGAUGGCUGGAACAUCUACAAACCUGUGGAAGAGUUCAGACGUCAGGGUUUACCCAACUUCAAGUGGCGUAUUUCAUUCAUCAAUAAGAGCUAUGAUUUGUGUGACACAUACCCAACGGUUCUGGCUGUACCUUACAAUAGUAAAGAUGAAGACCUCAGAAGAGUAGCUGCCUUUAGGUCCAGAGGACGCAUACCGGUUCUGUCAUGGAUCCACCGGGAGAACCAGGCAGUGAUUGUACGUUGCAGUCAGCCUCUCGUUGGAAUGUCUGGUAAAAGGAACAAAGAUGAUGAACGCUACCUGGACCUGAUCAGGGAAGCCAAUGACACCACAAAGCAGCUCACUAUUUACGAUGCUCGGCCAAAUGUCAACGCUGUGGCCAACAAGGCCACUGGAGGGGGCUAUGAGGGGGAUGAAUACCAGAAUGCAGAACUGAUCUUUCUGGACAUCCAGAAUAUCCAUGUGAUGAGAGAGUCUCUGAAGAAACUCAAAGAUAUUGUCUACCCUAAUGUGGAGGAAUCUCACUGGCUGUCCAGUCUUGAGUCUACACACUGGUUAGAACAUAUUAAACUGGUGUUGUCCGGCGCUAUCCAGGUAGCAGAUAAGGUUUCUAAUGGUAACUCGGUGGUGGUUCACUGCAGUGACGGCUGGGACCGGACCGCUCAGCUCACCUCCCUGGCCAUGCUGAUGCUGGACAGCCACUACCGAACCCUCAGAGGGUUCCAGGUGCUGAUUGAAAAGGAAUGGAUCAGCUUUGGUCACAAAUUUUCCUCUAGGAUAGGUCACGGUGAUAAAAACCACUCAGAUCAGGACAGAUCACCCAUCUUUGUUCAGUUCAUCGACUGUGUUUGGCAGAUGACAAAACAGUUUCCUACAGCAUUUGAGUUUAAUGAGCACCUUCUGCUGACAAUCCUGGAUCAUCUCUACAGCUGUCGCUUUGGGACAUUCCUCUACAACUGCGAGAGUGCACGAGACCAGCAUGAGGUCAGGCUCAAGACCGUAUCCCUGUGGUCUCUGGUCAACAGCAAGGCAAAUUUUUAUUUAAACCCCUUCUACACCCCAGAUGCYGGACAAGUUCUGUACCCUGUUGCUAGCAUGCGCCAUCUUGAACUAUGGGUAUCAUACUACAUACGCUGGAACCCACGGAUACGACAGCAGCAGCAGAGUCCAGUGGAGCAGCGCUACAAGGARCUGUUAGCCCUCAGAGAUGAAUACUUAAGGAAACUGGAGCAGCUUCAGCUGUCUGACUCUUCUUCCUUCCAUCUGGCAAACAGCAGCACUUCCAACACCACCUCAUCCGCUGCCUCCACGCCGUCACAGCAAUACACACAGCUGCACACCCCACUCUGAAGGACAGCACACAUGCACACACAGUUUGGUAACUUGCACUGUCUUCUGUCUCUGAUCUGCUUCUCUUUUACAGAAGGGUGGGGUUCUUCUGUAAAUUCCCUCCUUUGGAGAACAAAGAUUAGAAUUUGGAACUAACUGUGUAGUGAGAUUUUAUUCAACUCGUCACAUCACAGCCUUGUGUCAGUUUUAGUCCACAGACUGAUUAAAUGGCCUUAAACAUGUUGCAAAUGUUUGUGGAAGGGCUUGAAACCACAGAACAUACAGACAGCAGAGCUGAUGUCAUGUCUGUUCUGUGUUCACAGAUACAGUAUUAUAGUUUAUUUAAGUGCACUCUGGAACUCAGGACCUUAUCUUUAAACUGCAGAUUUAAGUAUCUUCUUUUAUAUACCGUGGAAUUCCAAGAAAAAGUGGUUUUGGAAUUGAAAAUUCAAAAGCAAUCAUAGGAAAUAAUGCAAGGCAAGAAAAGUCAGUGCAUACUGUCAUCAGAUGGUACAUUUGCAGCUUUGAUCACUCAUAUUCAGAUUUUUUGUGUAUGAAAAGGUCACUGUACCCCUUACCUGGCAGCCACCUGCUCCAGCUUAGAUUGAUCUAUUCUUCUAACUUCAGAAGAAUAAUUGAUUAUUCUUCUGAAGUUCACUUUGGAAAUUGAGAUAAACAGAUUUGAACUAAUUUGGUUA